CGCACAGAGAAUGUAUUAUUAUGCACCAUUUUAGUCUUCUACGAAUUCAAUCAUUAUCUGAGCUGUCAGAAACCGCUACACAACAGCUCUAUAGUCAGACCAUAUGCGAGGAUCACACAUCUACGAAAACUGGAACAAUGUAGUCAAUGAAAAUAGCAUACGCUACGCGCAUAAAGACAAAUUCCAUACACUUUUUAAUUUCAAAUGAUGAAGUGUACAGAGGUCAAUUAAAUCGACAGCCAGUAUACGGAGUUUUGAACCUAAUGAAUUGGCAGAACAUUGUCAUCCUUACAUUUUGUUGAGAUGAAACUGCUUUGAAGAAUUUCGCUUUAGCUUACGAGCAGUUUCAAAAGUCGAAAAUGACGCAUGAGGUUUUGUCUUGUCUUUAUUUUCUCACUGUGCUGCAGAGCAUUUGGGUCGUGAAAUUAGAACUAAUACGCUCGUAUCACAGCUGGCAAAUGUUCGACAUUGCUCCAGAGCUGAUAUCUUCAGUAGAUCGAUUUAAGUUUGAAGGUGGAGAUUCACACCGAAAAGCAACAAGCUGUAGAUGAUUGACAACACGAUUUGCGGCAGCGCUAAAAGAAUUUUCUCCUCUUUUUCCAUCUUUCUUUAUCAGCUUUUAUAAAACUUGGUGACUAAAUGGCUAGAAACGGUUACAAUUGACAAAUGAUCAUGACACAGCGUCCGAAUGGUAGCGUUUUUCGCCAUAUAUGUCUGGACGCGUGAAAGUCAUUUGCCGAAAGCCUUAGACAACUAGCACAUCUCGAUUUAUUGCACACUUCAAAUGGUAGCAAAGCGAUCAAAAUAGCA